AUGAGAAGGUGGCGUCAGCUAGGGCAGCUGCACUGCGCCGUCAUCCAGGGCUUCAUUGAGGCCGUGUACGCCCUCAUCCACGUCGCGCCCGAGCCCUUCGCGCUCGACAUCCAGAACGACGACUGUCAGACGGCGCUGCACCUGGCGGUGCUCACCGGACAGGCCGGCGUGGCGCGCCGCCUCCUCGUCGCCGGCGCCUCGCUGUCGCCGCGGGAUCGGCACGGCAACACGGCCCUGCACAUGGCCAGCGCCGAGGGCAACCUGGAGGUGCUCAAGGCCCUGCUGGAGCCCCUGCCCUCGCGGCCGCCGCGGCCGCUGGAGCUCGACCAACGCAACUACGACGGUAAGAGUUUGCCUCCUCUCCCUCUCACUCUUUCUAUCUCUGCAUAA